AACACCGAGAGUAUCACAACUGAAGCAUAUCUUCCAGAAAUGGCCGCGCCAGAACCUGACGAAGGCCAAAACUGCACAGAGAACUCUCACAAGCCGCCCAAAACCCCCAACGACGGCGCCAAAAAGUCUCCCAAUGAAGGAGGCAGAAAGUCGCCCAGCAAAAGCAAAGACAAUAAAAACUCGAAGGCGAACAAAGAGAAUGUGACCAGAGUAGUGGUGGUGGCCUUGACGCCGGAAAGAAGAAGAGAGACGUGGAAUAAGAAGGUUGAGUUCUUGUUGGCUGUGGUCGGGUUCGCUGUGGAUCUGGGAAAUGUCUGGAGGUUUCCGUAUAUAUGUUACCAGAAUGGUGGAGGUGCCUUCUUAAUUCCAUACACGAUCAUGUUGAUCUUUGGAGGACUUCCACUCUUCUAUAUGGAGUUGGCAUUAGGACAGUUCCACAGAAGUGGUUGUCUCACUAUCUGGAAACGAAUCUGUCCAGCAUUAAAAGGAGUUGGUUACGCCAUUUGCCUCAUAGACAUCUACAUGGGCAUGUAUUACAAUACCAUCAUAGGCUGGGCACUAUACUACCUCAUCACCUCGUUCCAGUCGGAGCUACCAUGGACAUCGUGCCGAAACGAAUGGAACACACCCAUGUGUAGACCAGUCACUGAACUUCUACCCAAUAUCUCAGCUUCCAGUCCAGCAAGAGAGUUCUUCGAGAGAGAAGUCUUGGAACAGUAUAAAUCAGACGGCCUGAACCGAAUGGGUCCUAUCAAACCCGCAUUGGCCUUGUGUGUGUUUGCUGUGUUUACUUUAGUUUAUUUUUCGCUGUGGAAAGGUGUUAGGAGUACUGGCAAGGCUGUAUGGAUAACAGCUUUAGCACCGUACGUGGUACUCAUCAUACUUUUAGUUCGAGGAGUAUCACUUCCAGGAGCAGCUGAAGGAAUUCGUUAUUACCUCACCCCAGAAUGGGAUAAACUAUAUAAUACAAAGGUGUGGAUAGAUGCAGCCUCCCAGAUAUUUUUCUCUCUGGGCCCAGGCUUCGGAACACUGUUGGCUCUAUCUAGUUAUAACAAAUUCAACAAUAACUGCUACAGGGACGCUAUAUUAACCAGCAGCAUUAAUUGUUUGACCAGUUUUCUGGCUGGGUUUGUUAUUUUCUCUGUAUUGGGGUACAUGGCCCACGUUCAACAUACCAGUAUAGAGCAAGUAGGUUUAGAAGGUCCCGGUCUAGUCUUCAUAGUUUACCCAGAAGCGAUAGCCACCAUGAGUGGCUCAGUAUUCUGGUCGAUUAUAUUUUUUCUUAUGUUGAUCACCCUCGGUCUUGACAGCACUUUUGGCGGCCUGGAAGCCAUGAUCACGGCACUAUGUGACGAGUAUCCGAAAGUGCUCGGCAGACAUCGAGAGACCUUCGUUGCCAUUCUGCUGUUUUGUAUCUACAUUUGUGCCUUGCCCACAACUACUUAUGGUGGCGUAUAUUUAGUGAACAUGCUAAACGUCUAUGGACCUGGUUUAGCUAUUUUGUUUGUGGUGUUCGUGGAAGCUGCUGGAGUUUGUUGGAUAUAUGGAACCGACAACUUUGCUAGAGACAUCGAAAAAAUGAUUGGGCAUCGGCCUGGAAUUUUCUGGAGGAUAUGCUGGAAGUAUAUUAGCCCUGUUUUUAUAUUGAUUAUUUUCAUAUUUUCCCUUCUAAGUCAUGAAGAAAUGUUAGGUACCGAGUACCACUAUCCAGAUUGGAGUCUACAAGUUGGAUACAUCCUAACAGCAUCUUCCAUCCUUUGUAUACCUUGUUACAUUAUCUACAAAUUUGCCAUCACUCCAGGAAAUCUCAUACAGAGGUGGAAAAUGAUCUGGCAAGCAGAACACUCGUCUGAGAAUAGCACGCUGACCUACUGCGGUGGCACUGAGGUGUGA